UUUACCAAUACUUUUGAAAAAUGAUGUUUAGCUGACUUCACUGAUCAGUGUCGAGGUGAUUUGUGUCUCAUCCAGGUUCUGUUCUGUCAUACUUUUGGUAUAAGGAGGACGAAUCUUGCAUGCUAUAGUCCCACAGAGCAAUUGUUGGUUGUUGUUCUGCAAUGGAUAGAAAUGAUCAAGACACUAGUGUCAAGGUGGCUGUCAGAAUAAGACCACAGAAUGCUAAAGAACAAGUUGACAUGUGUCGUGUAUGCACAUUUGUAACACCUGGUGAACCUCAAGUUGUACUGGGAAGAGAUAAAGCAUUCACUUAUGAUUAUGUUUUUGAUACUGGAACAGAACAAGUUCAACUGUAUACUUCAUGUGUUGAGAAACUUGUUGAAGGGUGUUUCAGUGGCUUAAAUGCUACAGUCUUGGCUUAUGGACAGACUGGUAGUGGUAAAACAUACACAAUGGGAACAGGAUUUGAUGUGACUGUGUUACCCGAUGAACAAGGUGUAGUACCAAGAGCUGUACACCAUUUGUUUAAUGGUAUUAAUAGUCGUAUUCAAGAUGCUAUAAAAGAGAAAAGAGAUCCACCACAGUUUGAUGUCUCUGCUCAAUUUCUUGAGCUGUAUAAUGAAGAAAUUAUUGAUUUGUUUGAUCCUUCAAGAGACACCUCUAACUCUAAACGACUUAAAAUACAUGAAACUCAUGAAGGUAUUAUUUAUGUUGAUGGAGCUGUUGUUCAAUCAGUUAAAAGUGAGAGUGAGACUCUUGAUGCUCUUAAAAGAGGCGCCCUCUCACGGACUGUUGGAAGUACCAACAUGAAUGCUCAGUCUUCAAGAUCACAUGCCAUCUUCACAAUCAGUGUGUCACAGAAAAGACCUGUACAAUUGACUGAUGCCAGUGAUUCUGCUGGUUCUCAAGAUUGGGAGACACUAACAGCAAAAUUUCAUUUUGUUGAUUUGGCUGGUUCUGAAAGAUUAAAGAGAACAGGUGCCACAGGAGAAAGAGCAAAAGAGGGAAUUAGCAUUAAUUGUGGUCUGCUUGCUCUGGGUAAUGUUAUCAGUGCCUUAGGUGACAAGACUAAAAGAGGAUGCCAUGUACCUUAUAGAGACAGUAAAGUAACUCGUCUGCUACAGGAUUCCUUGGGUGGAAACAGUCAAACUCUGAUGAUUGCCUGUGUGAGUCCUAGUGAUAGAGACUUUAUGGAGACACUUAAUACUCUAAAGUAUGCAAAUAGAGCAAGAAACAUUAAGAACAAGGUGUCUGUUAAUCAAGAUAAGAACAGUGUGCAAAUGGCUGCCUUACAUAGGAGGAUACAAGAACUAGAGCAACAAGUUCAAGAGUUUCAGAGUGGUCGGCUAGUUGUAACUGAAUCUGGUAGUGUAGUUAUCAAUGAUCUUGCUAAUGAAAACACUAUGUUAAAGGCUGAAAAUGACAAAUUAAGAGUGCGUAUUAAGAAAUUGCAAGAGCUCUUAAACAGUCAAACUGAGAGGCUAGCAUCAAUACAAGCUGAAAAAGAGAUGCUGUCAUUAGGAGGAUGUUAUGAUGAGUCUACUGGUCAAGUGAUGAGUGUUGAAAGGACCCAGGAUAAUUCAAGUCCACAAUUUCAAGAAACUCUGCAACAAUACCUGCAUCAAAUUGAAGAAUUAAGAUCAAAGUUAUUUUUAGUUCAAUCUCAAGUGACUAGUGAAACAAUUCCAAAUAUGUCCCAUUCAACUCUUGGCCAUCCUCUGUCUUCAUCCUCUUCUUCCGUAUUGCAUACUCCUGUAAAGAAAGGUCAGACAUCACAAGGUCUCCUUCCACCACCUGAACUGGUUACUAGCGAAUUAAUACAAACAGCUCGUGAUGAUAUUAACAAGUUAGAACAACAAUUGUCAUCUAGAAGUAAAUUAGUGAAGUGGAAGAAGAGAGCACGAAUUAGGAAGAGAAGUAGAAGUAUGUCACCAGAAAGAAUGAGUGAUGUAGAAGUGUGGGUAUCAAAGAGUGAAACUGAUUUGCUGUCUAAUAAAGAGCAAUAUCACACUGAUAAAGAUUUAGAAAAAGGAGAAGAGUGUGACACAGAUACUGAAGUUGAUGAUAGUAACACAGAUGAUGAAGAUACCGAUAUGGAGGAAGAUGCUAACAGUGUUAUUUGGUCGUCAUGUGACAGUAAUGAUGAAAGUGAUAGUGAGACAGCAAGUAUUGCUACUAGCAUUGUUGAAUUGACUAGUGAAAUGAAUAUCAAGCAACAACUAGUUGAUCAAUUAGAGAAAGCUCAAAGGAGUCUCCAUUCUCUUAGGAGCCAGUAUGAAGAAAAAAUGGUUGUGUUACAAACACAAAUUCGUGCAAUUGAAUCUGAAAGGGAUAAGAUUAUUAAAGACCUAGCUUCAAGUCGUCAGUCUGAAGUAAGAGAUGAAAAAAUUAAAGAAAUGAAGGAGAAGUAUGAGACUCAGUUGAAUGGUUUGAAAAAAGAACUAAAACAUUUGGAAAUUGCUAAGAGAGACCACACUAUUGCUCUAAAAAAGAAUGUUCAACAAGAGACUGAACUACGCAAGUUAAGAUCAGAUCUUUCUAAUUUGAAAAAUCAAAAAGUUGGGUUAUUGAAACAAUUGAAGAAAGAAACUUCAAUUUCUAAGAAGAAUGCUCAAAAGAAUGAAAAAGAACUGGCUAAAUUGAGGAAAGAUCAUCGUAAAAAAGAGAAUCAGAUUAGAAACCUUCAAGCUGAUGCCAGGAAAAAGGAAAUAAUGCUAAAAAGAAAAAAUGAAGAAGUUCAAGCAUUACGACGCCAGCAAUCUGCUAAAGAUGUCACAGCCAAAAAGGAACGUCCUCUCACUGCCCCUCCAGUCCCCUCUCCUCAAGUGUCUAGAAAAGAUCCCAACGCACAGCCAGCUGCUAAAAAAGCUAAACUUGGACGACGUCAAUCAUCUAUGUUUACUAGUGAUUCUGCUAGAAGAAAAUGGAGGAAAAUGGAAGUCUUGAUUAAACGAGUGAUUGACAAACAUCAAACAAUGAAUUUGCUUGAGUCUGACCUGGACCGAUGGCUACUCAAAAGAGAUGAGCUGUCAGAGAGAUCUGAUCAGUUAAAGCUGCAGAAAGAAACAUUGCUACAAGCAACUGAAGAUUCUGAGACACUAGCUUCUUUAGAAGAGGAGUAUGAGGCAUUGUCUGCUCAAAUAAACUGGACCAAUGAUUCAAUUGAUAAAUUGCAGGAAGAAAUAGUAGCUUUUGAAGAUAUUAAGACGGAAAGUGAUACAGCUGACACCACUGCUUUAAUUCAUACGUGUUCAACAAGAGAAGCUAAAUAUUUACUUGAACAUAUUGUUAAUAUGACAAUUGAACUAGGCACACAGGCAUCUCAAAAGGAUGUAGAAGCCAGGAGUCUUAAAAUGAGAUUAGCAACCUCAGAAACACACGCUGAGUUAAUAAAGAUGUACAGUUCACCUCAUUUUCCACAGUCACCAUUAGUGAUUAAUUCUCGAACUGUUACUAAGAUAAAACCUACCUGUGCUGUUACUACACCAGCCUUCUUCCCUGCAUCGUCUCAGUGUAAACUUGAUUAUGCUAUGGAGGAUGAUACUGAUUUUAAUACUACAAUCACUUGUAAUCCUGAGAAUAGUAAUAUUGAUGACCAGCAACAAGAAGAGCAAUUUGAUAUUACAGUAUGUGAGUUUCAUCCUGAAGAAUCUUUUUCUAAACACCGACGCAGAACUGCUGUUCCAGAAGAGAUAAAGGAAGCUAUUACUGGUCCUAGACCAUCUCUACCCUUACCAUUUCCUUCUACACAACCUGUAUCCAUGCGCAAUUUAGAAAUGACAAGUGUUUCUGAUAGUAAUGAAGGAAUCAGUUGUCAAGUCCUACAGUCUGAUUCUGGAAGCAUUUGUCAAAGUUGGCCAAGCCCCCCUUCUUUGUCACGUAGAAAUACUGAAAUUGCAAGCCCUAGUCGACAAAAUUCUUUGACAUUAACAAAGAAGAGAUCAGCUCCAUCAUUAUCAGUUGAGUCUGCACAACAGAGUAGACCAUGUCCUGGGUCACCUUCUAGCAGUCAUAACACUGGUGUAUUGAGAUUGACAUCAUUGCAGGAAAGCAAUAGCACCCAGGAAAUAAGAGAUUCAUUUGAUGUUGAAAAAGUUCCAAGAACAUCUGGUAAACAAUUAGUAUGUACUCAUACUGUCAGGGGGCAUGCUAGUGGAGUACUCUCUGUCACUGCUUCCAAUAUUCUUUUAUUUACAGGAUCACAAGAUUGUACUGCAAAAGUUUGGGAUUAUCUACAGGACAGUCAGUGGCUACACUAUCUCGUCAUCACAGUUAUGUUCGUAAAGUCACCUUUUGUCCCUAUACUCAAUUAGUAUUUACUGCUUGUCAGUCUCUGAUUAAAAUUUGGGACUUUCGUAAUUUAAAGAAACCAGAAUAUGUCAGAACAUUACAACCAGUAGGAAACUCGUCAGCAGAUGCUGUACAGGAUUUGUUAGUUCAUGGAAAUAACCUAUUAUCAGCUGCUGGUUCAGCUAUCAAUGUCUG